GGCAGUCGAAACGGUCGUGCACUGUAAUUUCCGUACCGGACCAUGUGCCUGCAGCCGUGAAGGUUGUCCACAUAUACGUCACCGUCACCGAGGGUGUGUGUACUGCUGAAAAAAGUGUGUGAUUUAGGUUUUGUCUUCUCUGCGUUACAUUACUUAUCUCAAUCUAACUUUCACGACUGCCGCGCGGAGCAGCGCACUUGCUUUAAUUAGUGAACACAGCAGCCUACGAGCAUUCCCUUCUAGAAGGCGAUUUGUAUACCAUCGAAGCGUGCCAUGUCGAGCAAUUUUACGUACCGACCUAUUCCACUUCUUUGCAAACCGAAAACGAAGGCGACAAAUUGAGAGCCUGUCCCUAAGUGCUUCAUCUUCAACGUGUCGAGUGUGGUCCUUUCUGGUGUGCCUUCACCUUUAUCCGCCGCCACCACCAGUGUAUGUGUGUAUGUUUGCCGUAACAAUUUGCCACCUCCGUCGCGAAUUAGUUCCUCGUAAAAGUGAACGUCCUCGUACACGAAGUGAUAGGAAAGGGCCCAAGGAAGAGCAAAAACAACGGAAAACGACCAGAGACUCCCGGGAGUAGUGUGUGGGAAAGUUUCCUCCACCCCCACAUAACACCACCAGUGACGACAUACGGAGACACAGGCAUCGGUCGAAGUUAGAGAGGCGGGCAAGCGAGCGGUUUCCCAGAUCCAGCAUAACACACCGAGCCUGCUGCACCUGCACACGACGACACUGAUCCGUCAGGUGAAUGAUCGCGACUGCGUUGGGGGAGUCGGAACCAGCAGCGGCAACAGUAUGAUCGGGGCAACAGACAAGUUAACCAUCAUCCACUACAACGAUGUGUACAACAUCGACGCCAACAGCAAAUCGGAGCCGAUCGGUGGAGCCGCCCGGUUCUGCACGGCCGUCAAGUCCUUCGCCCAGCUGAACCCAUUGGUCCUGUUCAGCGGGGAUGCCUUCUCGCCCAGCAUGCUCAGCACGUUCACCAAGGGCGAACAGAUGGUGCCGGUGUUGAAUGCGGUUGGAACGCACUGUGCCGUUUUCGGAAAUCACGAUUUUGAUCAUGGACUGGAUGUGCUUACCGAUUGGGUGGAGAAGACGACUUUCCCGUGGCUGAUGUCGAACGUGGUGGACAAUGAAACCGGCCGACCGCUGGGAGGCGGCAAAAUCACGCACAUCUUGCAUCACAACGACGUGAAGGUGGGCCUGAUCGGGCUGGUGGAGAAGGAAUGGCUCGACACGCUGCCGACGAUCGACCCAAACGAAGUGACGUACAUCGACUUCAUCAAGGCGGGAAACCAACUGGCCGAUGAGCUACACAAUCAAGGUUGUGAUGUGAUUAUAGCGUUAACACAUAUGCGCACUCCGAAUGAUAUUGAGCUAGCAAAACAUAGCGGCCACAUUGAUCUCAUCCUCGGUGGACACGAUCACGUUUAUGAAAUACUGAAUAUUGAAGAUACUCAUGUGGUGAAGUCUGGCACGGACUUUCGGCAAUUUUCAAAAAUUGGCGUUUGCCUGGAGCGGAAUGAGAAUGGCAAGAUUAAUAUCAAUGUCGAGAAGGUCGACGUCAGCUCGACGAAGUACACCGAAGACCCGGCACUGAAGGAGGAACUGCGCAAGUACUCGGAAACGAUCGAGUCAAAGAUGCACGAGGUGUUGGGAACGUUCGCGGUGGAACUGGACGGUCGCUUCUCGUCGAUACGCACGUCGGAGACCAACCUGGGCAACUGGAUAUGCGACGUGGCGCUGGCGGCCACCGGAGCAGACUGUGUUAUGAUCAAUUCGGGCACGUUCCGAUCGGAUCAGGUACACCCGGCCGGUCCGUUUAUGAUGCGCGAUCUGGUCAACAUCAUUCCCAUGCAGGACCCGCUGAUAGUGCUGGAAGUGACCGGCAAAAUUCUCCACUCGGCGCUGGAAAAUUCUGUCUCCACCUACCCGAAGCUGGAGGGUAGAUUUCCGCAGAUUGCCGGCAUGUCGUUCGCGUUCGAUCCGAGCAAACCGCCCGGCAAUCGAGUCGAAGUGAAAUUGGUGCGCGUUGGCGAUGAGUGGCUAAACCUGGAGCAGAAGUACACGCUCUGCAUCAAGAGCUACAUCCAUGGCGGUUGCGACGGGUACACCAUGUUCAAGGGAUGUCGCGUGCUCAUGGAUGACGAUGCUGCCCCGGAGCUCGGGUUGGCAAUUCAGAACCACUUCAAAGCAAUCGAUGUGCGCAUGGGCAAGGCUCACCACACCAAGCACCGGCAGUCGCUGGUCACUUUGUCACGCCGCCACAGCAUGGUGCAGAUGCUCGAGAAUCUGGAGCUGGAUGGUCCGACGCCGAUACGGCGAAAGUCUUCCGUGACGCCACCGAAAAUGGAGCACAUCAGUAACAACCGGGGAAAGCUUCUUCGGCGUGCUUCGUUGGAUGACUUGGAGCAAAACAGCUGCCAGUUGGCGCCGUCCAUACAGCACCGGAUUGUCGUAGUGCAGAAUGAAGAUCACAUCCGUGAACUGAUUUUUAAGCGUGAAACAAUCGAAAAAAAUUCCGUUAUCAAGGAGACCGAUGAGCUUACACCCUAAGAUUGCGGUGUUGCCUUCCAUGUCCAGAGGCGCGGCCGUAUCCAACCUGCACUGAUAACAAUAGUGAACAAAAGCUUCUCUCGCAAGUAUGCUUGUACAGAGGAUUUUUUUGUAAUUUUUAAAUCUCCUGAAUGAAUGUUAGUGUUCCGUGUCGGCCGCUCGGUUGAUGAUGUGUAUUGUCAUGUUAAAUGCAACAUACAGUGUUGGAAUAUUGUUUAUUUAAGCAAACACACGACGAACGGAUAGGGAAGUGGCGGAUGUGGCCGUAGCAAAACCGUAGAACAUGCUUAAAUAACCGCUCAUAGUUUGUCGUGAUAGUGCUUGAUAUUGCUAAUGUAAACGUACAGAAACAAAACCACAAACAUCAACGGAGGGAUGAACAAUUCAUCACGAUGAAAUGCAAAGGCUUUAAGGAAGACAGAAGAAGAUCACUAACAGAAGAUAAGAUGGACGAAGUGACUGGUAAGCAGUCUCAAGUGCUCAUUGUGCAUUAUUUGCAUUUUACUGACAAUUUAUUGUUAGUAGACUGUAUAGAUUUAAUUAUGAUGGUUGUUUCGUGUUCAAUGCCCCCGACUUCCGAUUGUAUUGGUUUUGUUUGAUUCAAAAACUGUUUCCGUAGGAGGUUCUGGCGACUGAUUGAUAAUGCAUAAUGCUCUACGGCUAGUAUGUAUGUACAUGAAUAUUUUAAAUAAUUUGCAAAGAACACAUUAUUGUUGACAUAGUCUGAUAUAUCCUGUUGAUAUUUGUUUCGAAGCGUCCGCAGCAGAGCAAUUCUACACCUAUGUCAUGCACCAUCCAUGACUCCUCAUCAAGAUUUGAUAUAGGUAGCCCUUGAAACCAACGUUGGCGUAAAAAUAAUGAACGAUUUGUGAAAGAUAUAUAUCUGACAUAUUUUAAACA